CCGAGGCUCAAGUCCCAUAAUCACAAUCAAUCAUCAGCCCCGAUCUGGAUCGCCUUUAAAGGUUAGAUCGCCUUUAAAGGCACGCGUCCUUUACAAGAGCCCCGUCGUUCGAUGGUUUGUUCGCUCGUUUGCCUCACGAGGGACAGCCCAUAGCCACCACUGGUCUCGCCCCUCAUCGCGAGGAAACGCGCCUUUGCACGCCUGCCUCGCUUAAUUCCUUGCCUCUGCCUCACCUCCGGGGUUUAUAUAGCCCCUUUUGCUCACUUGGGUUUCUGUGCAUUUCCCUUUUUGAGUUCUGCAUCUGGAGUUUUAGCGAGGUUUGGUUGUGAGUUUGUGUUUUUUUUGCUUCAAGGGUGUUGUCUAGAUCUCGGGCAAGAUGGUGAAGAUUUGCUGCAUUGGUGCUGGUUACGUCGGUGGCCCAACCAUGGCCAUGAUUGCCCUGAAGUGCCCCGACAUUGAGGUUGUUGUGGUAGACAUUAGCAAGCCCAGGAUUGCGGCCUGGAACAGUGAUGAGUUGCCGAUUUAUGAGCCGGGUUUGGACGAUGUUGUGAAGUCGUGCAGGGGUAAGAACUUGUUCUUCUCGACGGAGGUUGAGAAGCACGUCGCUGAGGCGGACAUUGUGUUCGUGUCUGUGAACACUCCAACCAAGACCCGGGGUUUGGGAGCUGGUAAGGCUGCAGAUCUGACUUAUUGGGAAAGUGCUGCGCGUAUGAUUGCUGAUGUGUCGAAGAGCGAUAAGAUCGUGGUUGAGAAGUCUACCGUGCCGGUGAAAACCGCAGAGGCGAUCGAGAAGAUCCUGACGCAUAACAACAAGGGGAUUAACUUUCAGAUCUUGUCGAACCCGGAGUUUUUGGCCGAGGGUACCGCCAUUGAAGACUUGGACAAGCCCGAUCGUGUGCUGAUCGGUGGACGCAUGACUCCGGAGGGACAGAAAGCUGUGGCUGCUUUGAAGGCUGUGUACGCACACUGGGUGCCAGAGGACCGCAUUAUUACUACCAACUUGUGGUCUGCUGAGCUCUCCAAGCUCGCCGCGAAUGCCUUCUUGGCACAGAGGAUUUCAUCUAUCAACGCCAUGUCUGCCCUUUGUGAGUCUACUGGCGCUGAUGUGUCCGAGGUUGCUUAUGCUGUCGGAAAGGACAGUCGUAUCGGCCCCAAGUUCUUGAACGCCAGUGUUGGGUUCGGUGGUUCUUGUUUCCAGAAGGAUAUCCUUAACUUGGUCUACAUCUGCGAGUGCAAUGGACUUCCCGAAGUCGCUCAUUACUGGAAGCAGGUUGUCUCUAUUAAUGACUACCAGAAGACGAGGUUUGUGAAGCGCGUCGUGUCUUCCAUGUUCAACACCGUGUCUGGCAAGAAGAUUGCCGUGCUUGGAUUUGCAUUCAAGAAGGACACUGGUGACACCAGGGAGACCCCUGCCAUUGAUGUCUGCCAUGGCCUCCUCGGCGACAAGGCUCAGAUCAGCAUCUACGAUCCUCAAGUCACUGAGGAUCAGAUGAAGCGCGAUCUGGCGAUGAACAAAUUUGACUGGGAUCAUCCCCAGCACCUGCAGCCACAGAGCCCUACCGCAUUCAAGCAAGUCUCUGUGGUGUGGGAUGCUUAUGAAGCAUGCAAGGACGCACAUGGUAUCUGCAUUAUCACUGAGUGGGACGAGUUCAAGAAACUCGAUUACCAAAAGAUUUAUGACAACAUGCAGAAGCCUGCCUUCCUGUUCGACGGGCGCAAUGUCCUUAACGUAGAGGAGAUGCGCAAGAUUGGCUUUGUUGUUUACUCCAUCGGCAAGCCUCUCGACCCAUGGGUUAAGGAUCUCCAGGUGUCUAUCUAAAUUUAGAAUUGUAACGCAUUAUUGACUUAUUCAUUUACCACCUGGUCGAUUCUUUAUCCCCGACCGAUUGUGCACCGGGCAGAUUACAUCCUAACCUCUGUUCGCGAUCUCGACGACCUGGGAUCCUAUUCUCUGGGUUUCGGAACAUGUGGGUAGUUAGUAUAAAGCAGCAUAGUAAGCGAUUCAGCGCCGAGUGCCAAGAUGAGUGAGUUUUAUUAUGGACAGGUAGUGUCAGUUUUGAUAUGUGGACAUGCCACGGCAAUAGAUCUGAGGUUGUUGGGCCUGGCGCACGUAUACUCUAGUCAGAUGAGGUUCUCCUAGUCCGAAGACGUCAGGCCUUCCAGAGUGAAGGAAGCCUGUCUACUAGCAUAACGUACGAUGUUAACAAAUGCGUGUAUCACUUUGUGCUGUGGCCAUUUAAUGGAUACUUCAUCCAACAUUUCACAGAA